CGGUCCGUUGCCAACGAGAAGCCUUUCUAGGCCAAAACAAAAGGUUGCAUGCAAUGGACUUCAAAAGCCAAACUUUUCUGCCGCGAUUAUGAGGCGAUAAUGGCUAAAUGGAUUAACAUCUUCAUUAAAAGAUCUUCUUUAAAGCAAUCAUAGUUGACUUUAAAGAUACCUAAAUGAUUUGUUUGGAUGGACACCAAGGUAUUGACUUGAGGCAACAACCGAUCAAAGAUGCUCUUUAGCUCACCAAUAGCCAGGCAUAGGCCAAUGAGUACCAUUGAAUUCGAACAACAACUGGACUAUCUUUGUCAAUGGCUGGACGCAUGGACAGACGUUGAGAGAUCUAAAAUAAUUGAGGUUUUGCUACCAAGAUGUGACAGUGAACAAAUAUCAUUUCUUUGGACAGUUGUGGAACCAACACUACACAGGGAUUUUAUGUACAGCUCACUAAAUGCUUUUCCAAGAAGCUCAUUCAACCCAGUAUCAAUACCAAUAUGCAGAGAGGUUCAUAAGAAACUAGGCAAACCAAGAUACAGGACAUGGAAGCUUCAUCGCCUUAACAGUACAAUUCUACACGAUGAGGAUGAAGUGAGGCAGUGGUCUGCAGAAUCUGUUUUACCAAUAGUUAAGACCCCAUCAAUACCAACUUGUCCGUCCAGGCUACUCAAACACCCUCAGUCACCGGAGAGACCUCUAGAGGCCAAAGGCUCCUGGAAGUGUCUUUCCACCUACUAUGGUGUUCGUCUCCCCGGUAUACAAACACCUAGUCCUACGCCAUUGUCUAGGCUGUCUUGUAGAUCAUCAUACUCCAGGUCAGCCCCUCCUUCCUUGGCCAAAUCAUCAUCUCAGUAUGCCGUAAGGAGACACAUGCAAGAUGAAUAUAAGGCUGUUGUUGACAAUAGAACCCAUGAGAAAACAGCUGAUGAUAGUAAUACAUGGAGGCGGAUCUAUAAAUCUAAAUCGUGUCCCAGUAUGCAAGUCCCUAUCGGCAGAAAGUACCACAAGGCGAACAGACACGUUCGAUCAUCGAGUGACCAUGGCAACCAUGUUCUACGGCUCGGUUCCCUUCCUGAAAAUGCACAAUGUGCUGUGCAGUGGUUUGAAGAAAAAUGGAACAGUUGGCAACGUAAUCAAUUCCUUCAGCUGUUUUUACGUGUGUUAGAGCCUGCUGAAUUGUAUCUAUUGUCUGGACUUCUGGCGGUUCGUCAGUAUAGGGACUUUAUCUCCUUAUUACCAGAGCAUUUGGCCUUAAGAAUCCUUUCCUUGUUGUCUUCUCAAGAUCUCCUUAUCGCUGCACAGGUCAGUAAAACAUGGCGUCGCAUGGCGUCCAGAGAUGAACUAUGGCAAGCAAAAUGCAAGAGAAUACAUGUUGGAAUUCCUCUUCGAGUGYCAACCAUCUGGAAAGAUAUAUUUAAAGACAACUUGAAUCUAAAACGAAACUGGGCCAACGGAGAGUGCAGAGUGACAGACAUGACAGGACACUCGAAGAAAAUCUGGGAUUCCAGUUCAGGCAACUUAUUAAUGACUUUAAAUGGACACACGAGAGGAGUUUGGAGCCUGCGAUUUCUCUCCACAACAAUACUAAUCAGCGCUUCAUAUGACAAAAGCAUAARAGUAUGGAACCUUCGUACAGCUAUUUGCUCAAGGAUUCUUCUAGGUCACGAGGCACCUGUGUGGGCAAUAGAAAGGAAAAAAGAUAUUCUUAUCAGUGGUUCGGGAGAUAAAACAGCAAAGUUAUGGAAUAUCCGUCAGUGUAAACAGCUUUGUACCUUAUUUGGACACACGUGUUCUGUAUUCUGUGUGGAUCUAGAUGAUCAAGCAAAAACAGCCUUUACUGGCUCAGCUGACAGGACUGUCCGUAUUUGGGAUGUUGCGUCUGGAGCAUGCGUUGGAAUAGUACACGCUGGUCACUCGUGUGCGUCUGCAGUCACAGCAGUCAGUUUUGAUCAGGGACAUUUAGCUGUGGCCACAGGUCAUAUUAUCUCGUUAUGGAAUCUGACAACAGGCUCUUGUCUGCAGGAGCUUAAAGGCCAUAAGGGGAGGAUCGAAUCCAUACGACUGCGGUUUUUAAUGGUAAACGGGAAGAAAGAAAGUGGAUUGAUUGUUAGCGCAGGAAAAGACUCUAAGAUUAAGUACUGGGAUAUAGAAGAGGGCAAGUGUAUCCAGACACUGACUGGCAGCAAAGAUUCAGUCAACUGCAUACAUUUUGACGACACCAGAAUAAUCAGUUGUUCUUAUGAUGGGAAGAUUAGAAUCUGGGACUUUAAUAAGUGAAGGAAUUCUGGGAUCAAUCUAUUGUAAAACAGCAGACAAAGUGGGCGCUUGUUUAUAAUUUAUUUUCACCGUCCAGGCCUCAGCCUUGGUUAAAUUUAGGUUAUAGGAGGUUGGUUAAGUAAUAGAGGAAGAAAAUGGAAAUGUCGGCCGAAAGAAAAGAUGUUUGUCACCACUCUCUUAUCUCAACAACUGCGUAAAUUUGCAAMUUUAUUGAGGCCAAUAACUAAGAAUUACACGCCGCUUUCAUAGAAAACGUUAUAGAAAUGAAAAGAAAGAUCCAGGGGAAGGGAAGUAAAUUGGGUAACUAUAGCAACCCCCAGUUGAAAAAUGAUAAAUUUUAAAGAAUAAGGUAGUAUCUGAAAAGCACACUGUGUUUCCUUUCUAGGUAAUAGUCAACCCCCUUGAAAUCGUUCUGUAUAUGCCUCUGAAAAAGUAUUUUUUGGUACCGUGUCAUACUGUCAUAAGGCUAUUUACCUCUAAACCGACAGACGUUAUCCAAUAAGAGACCAUUCUUAGCUUAGCCAACGAGGACGCACUAUUUGCAUUAGUGUAAUAGUUUGUUUAUACGAAACCAGUAGAAAUUACAGAAAAAGGACAAAAAUUUAAUGCGUGUUUGGUGGAUGUGCCUGUGUUAAGCACGUUAGUUGGUACUGGGCCCAGUUGUUCAAAGCCCGAUUAGUGCUAAUCCUGGGUUAACUCUUAAUAUAUAGAGUUAACUCUUAACCUAUAGAGUUAAUCCUGGAUUAGCACUAAUCCAGCUUUGAACAACCCGGCCCUGGAGGUAAUCUUGUUAGCCAUUUGCCGGAUCUGUAGAAAUGCGUUGCAUUAUGGGUCUGUUUUGAGGGACCCUUCAUUAGUCAGUUGACAUAUUAUGCUUCAAGAACCGAAACUAAUCUGAAAAUUAAGAUACAACUAACGUUUUCCAUCGUUCAUUAUAAGCAAACAUCCCACCUCCCUCAUGCAACACGUUCUGCAACUCCGGAACUGCUAACACGUUUCUUGGCUCCUGUCUCUCUUGUUUGUGUAACAUGCCUAUCAAGAGUUUUUAUCAAAUACACAUGUAAAUAAAAUAAAAUAUAUCACACUA